AUGGCACGAGAACUGGCGCGCUACAAGGUGGAAAUCGCCGCACUCAGCGACACCCGAUUCUCCGAACAAGGCCAGUUACACCUUCUUCUGGAGUGGUCGACCCAAGACAGAGCGACGAGACGCGGGCGUCGCCUUCGCCAUCCGGAACGACAUCGUGGGACGACUGCCCUGUUUGCCGCAGGGAAUCAACGAUCACCUGAUGAGCCUCCGUCUGCCUCUCCGGCGGGGGGGGGGGGGCAAAUUCGCCACGCCUACGCUCCGCUGAUGAGCUGCCCCGACGCCGCCGCAAGAGACAAAUUCUACGAGGGUCUGCACGCCCUCUUGGCGACUGUGUCGAAGGCGGACAAGUUGAUUGUCCUUGGCGACUUCAACGCCCGCGUCGGCAUAGACCAUACUGCCUGGAGAGGAGUGCUGGGUCCCCACGGUCUCCGCGGCUCCAACGACAAUGGUCUGCUGCUUCUCCGCACCUGCGCAGAACACCGCCUCAUGCUGACGAACACGUUCUUCUGUAUGCCGGAGCGCCGAGAACGCCUCCGUGGAGAACCGCUGGUGUCAACUACGAGACACGGUCCAGUCGACGGCACUCGCCGUCCUCGGUCGCACUCCUCGCCAACACCAGGACUGGUUCGACGACAACGACGCCGUCAUCAGCAAUCUGCUCGCCGAGAAGAACCGCCUACACAAAGCCUACGUAGAUCACCCCACUGAUGCCAACAAAGCCGCUUUCUACCACAGUCGCCGCCAACUUCAGCAACGACUGCGCGAGAUGCAGGACGCCUGGACUGCUCGCAAAGAUGAGGAGAUCCAAGGGUACGCAGAUCGUAACGAAUGGAAGAACUUCUUCUCUGCGAUCAAAGCUGUCUACGGUCCGCCGACGAAGGGCACUGCUCCUCUCCUCAACGCCGACGGCAGCAGUCUCCUGACUGAGAAGACACAAAUCUUACAGCGAUGGGCCGAGCAUUUCCGAGGCGUCCUCAACCGCCCUUCCGCCAUCUCCGACGCCGCCAUCGAGCGUUUGCCGCAAGUGGAGACCAACGCGGACCUCGACCUCCCGACAUCUCUCCAGGAGACCAUCAGGGCCGUUCAGCAGCUCCCCAGCGGGAAAGCACCCGGAUCGGACGCUAUCCCUGCAUAG